GGUAGCGGGCUGAAGGUACUGGUUGUACCGGUAUCGGCCUCCCCUGUGUGGGCCAUGGCGGGCCCGCGGCUGGAGCCCGACCUAGCCCGGCAGCUCUUCUUGGAGGGCGCCGCAGUGGUAAUGCUGGGUGUGCCCGAGGGCACCGAGUUCGGCAUCGACUACAGCACCUGGACCGUGGGCCCCAAGUUCCGCGGCGUCAAGAUGAUCCCGCCGGGCGUCCACUUCCUGCACUGCAGCGCGGGGCGGGCGGGCGGCCGGGAGACGGGGCCUCGCACCGGCUUCUUCCUGAGCCUGCAGCGCCGGGACCUGCGGGUGCUCCGCUGGGACGCCAGCAGCGAGGCCGUGGAGCUGGCGCCGGCGGGCACGGAGGAGGCCGCGGCCUUCAGGGAGAACCUGCGGGAGCUGGACCCGUUCCUCGGGCCGUACCCCUACGAGACCCUCAAGAAGUGGGUCUCCCUCACCAGCUUCAUCAGCGAGGCGGCGGUGAAGAAGCUGCAGCCGGAGAGCGGGCAGAUCUGCGCCUUCUCCGAGGUGCUGCCGGUCGCGGCCGGGAGGCUCUCGAGGGACCGGGCCGAGCAGCGCCUGCCGCCCGUCGAUGCCGAGUGCCGGAGCUACGCGGAGGGCUUGGCGCGGCUGCCCCAGAUGAAGCCGAGAGCCGGUACCGAGAUCAGAUUCACGGAGCUGCCGAAGCAGAUGUACCCCGAUGGUGCUACGCCGGAGGAGAUCACCAGGCACAGCAUGGACCUCAGCUACGCGCUGGAGAAGGUGAUCAGCCAGCGGUACGCCAGCCAGCCUCGGGAUCUGCUCGCUGAGUUGCAGUUUGCUUUCAUCUGCUUCUUGAUUGGAAACGUAUAUGAUGCAUUUGAGCACUGGAAAAGACUCUUAAACAUCCUGUGCCGAUCUGAAGAUGCCAUAAGGAAGUAUCAAGACCUUUACAUCAAUCUGAUUUCUGUGCUGUAUCACCAGCUUAAUGAAAUCCCAGCGGAUUUUUUUGUGGACAUUGUCUCCCAUGACAACUUUUUAACCAGCACCUUACAGGUGUUCUUUUCCUGCACGUGCAGCGCUGCUGUUGAUGGAACCCUAAGGAAAAAGGCCGAAAAAUUCAAGGCUCACCUAACGAAGAAAUUUAAGUGGGACUUUGAGGCAGAGCCUGAUGACUGCGCUCCUGUCGUGGUAGAACUUCCUGAGGGCGUGCAGGUGGACUAAGAAAAACACUUGCUUACAAAUAAACUGCUUCUUAAAUAACUCCUCUCCAUGUUUUCUCCAGCCUCGUCAGCUUC